UCAAAUGGGUGAAAUCAGUGAAAAACUUCUUCUCCAAGUUGAGGAAGAUGACACAGAUCAACAUCCCUGCUGCCCGCAUGGACCCACAGUGCUCUUUUAUCGCCAAAAUCAAACACACCGUGAUGGGUUCUAUGCCUGCGCCGCAUAUCGUAAUCCUAAGCUCUGCGCUUUUCGCAUGGAUCACAUGAAAUGGAAAGGUAACCAGAUAAAGCGAGUGCCAGAUAUACGCGCCUAUCCCCAGGAACGGUACGAUGAAGAUCCCGAUCCCACAAGUCACCUGAAAGCACUUUCACAGGACGAUGUGCAUGCCCAGUACUUUUUCGAUCAACAGGCCCUAAAAUUCAUUGCAGAUCAGUGUUGUUUGCUGAAAAUUGAUAAAGUGGUAUGCAUGGGCGCGCCUCGUCUCCAUUUCUACCUGCGACGUAUACAGAAAAUGCAAAGUUUCUUGCUUGAUUUCGAUGAGCGUUUUAGUAAAUAUCUGAGUCCUCAGGAAUUCUGCCUAUACAACAUGUGCAACAAUCACUUUUUCUACAACCGCCAACCCUUUGAAAUGUUCCUCAAAUGCAAUAAUGAUGAACGCAUCUUAAUUGUCACGGAUCCACCCUUUGGCUGUAGAACCGAGCUCAUUACAAAUACGCUGAGAUCCUUAAAGCGUUUGCAUAAUAGCCUCAAUCAGCUGCCCGCCACUCCACUCUCUAUAUUUUGGGUGUAUCCAUACUACAUGGCGAACUAUAUAAAACAGGAUAUGCCCGAGCUGCAAAUGUGCGAUUAUAAGCUAAAUUACACCAAUCAUAGUCGAUAUACGAAUGUGGGCAACUCCAGACGUUCCUAUGGGUCGCCAGUGCGCAUCUUUACCAAUGUACCGCUUGACCUGUUGCGCCUGCCGCUUGCGCAGGGCUACAAACAUUGUGAUAAAUGUCAACGUGACACGGCCAUAGAGAAUGUGCAUUGCGAUCGCUGCCGGAAUUGCUGUUCGCAGAAUGGCCAAACCUAUCGGCACUGUGAGCUCUGCGAUAUGUGCGUGAAACCGAACUAUGUGCACUGCUCGAACUGUCGCCGCUGUUGUCAACGUGUUGGACACGACUGUGCGUUGUAUCAGUCGAUGCAGCAUUGCUGGUUGUGUGGCCAACGGGGUCACAUUGAAAGUAACUGUGAAAUCUGGUCACAGCUCUCACGACAGACCAACCAACCACAGUUAAAGGCCGGUAGAUGUCUUAUUUGCGGGCAACAGUGUCAUCGUGAACGUAAUUGCCCACGGCGCAAUCGUUACUUCAAGGAAUCUGAAUUCAUGGGACAAACUUUGAUAAGAUCACAAAACCGAAAGUUGGUAGCUGCACGAAAUAAAGACAAAACUCGCAAGUUUAAGAAAUUAUAAAAAAAAAUGAGUUAAUUGUUAU